CGCCGAGGUUCAAGACGACUUUGAAUUUCACCAUCGACCAACAUCAAUAACUCACCCGAGAGCCCUUGCAGCCCACAUUUAAACCACACCAAUCGCGCCCAUGGAAACCAUGGCGCCUGACCCUCACAACCCCAUCUCCAAGGAGAUGCAGGCGCACAUCGAGGCCGGCGACCUCGAUGCCGUCAAGAAGCUCUACGGCGAAUGGCCCGUGGCGCAGCGCAACGAGCUCUCGCAGUUCAUCGCCCAGCAGGCGGCAUACCGCGACAGGGCCGGCAUCCUCGAGUGGUGCCUCGACCACACCGACAAGGACGCCGAGCCCCUGGCCACCCACUGGUUCUACAACUACGCCUGCUGGGGCGCCUCGACGGCCGUGUGGACGCUGCUGCUGGACCGCGGCUACGACAUAUCGAAGCAGGGCUACAGCGAGUCGGUCGGCGACCCGCUGGUGCAGGCCGGCAUCCAUGGCAACGCCGAGCUUGCGACCCUGCUGAUCGAGCGGGCCGGCGUCGACCCCAACAGCGGCUACUCGAGCAUCCACAGCGAGGAGACGGCCGCCAUCGGCGCCAUCCAGCGCGACCUCGAGCCGGCCGGCGACGGGGACGGGGGUCUCGCGUACGACGAGGACGAGGACGAGGACGGGGCACUGGCGCGCGAGCUCGAGCAGGUCGACCCGCCCGACCGCUGGACCGGCGCCGAGUCGGCCGUGCCCGUGCUCCGGGCGCUGCUGCGCGGCGGCUGGAGGGGCGCGGCGGCCGAGGGCGCGCUCAUCGUUGCCGCCGAGGCCGGCCACCUCGCGGCCCUGCGGGUGCUAGCCGAGGAGGACCCGGCCGUCGACCUGGAGGCGGCGGUGCACUGGUGGGGAGCCAGCUCUGGAGCGAGCAGGGUCGGUACGGCGCUGUACCGCGCCGCGCUAAGGGGGAGGGUCGAGGCGGUGCGCUACCUGCUGCAGAGGGGGGCGGACCCAUCGGCGAAGGAUGCUGCCGGAAGGCCGUGCCUGUUCGCUGCGAGGGAGGGUGGGGAGCAGGCGGUGGUGAAGCUACUGGAGCAGGUUGGGCAAAAGACGAGAUAGCUGGUGGUUUGGCUGACAUUCUGCUCAUGGUAUAGAGAUAUCUUUGAAUUUAGUACGCCGGGAAUUAUUACAAGACUAGACAACGUUUGGCUACUAAAUGUCGGAAUGCGCCGUCAGCUCCGAACAGAAAGACCGCUCGAAGGUAUAGGCUGGGUAUCAGGGUGUGUAACGAUUAAAGGAAACGGACAAGCAUUGAAUGAAGCUGCAUUUGGGCAUGUCCCAGAUUAUUUCCACAGACCUCCAC